AUGGUUUUGCGUGGAACCCUUGAAGGUAUGAAGGUUCCCUCUUAUCUUUGCUGGAGGAUUGAAUUGGAUGGGAGGGGGUGUGACAAGGUAGAAUUGGAACUGACCGGAAUUUGAUCUUGUGCAGGGCAUAGCGGCUGGGUCACGGUAAGAUCUUGGAUGGACUUGACUUAUUGUCGGGAAUUGCGGAGAAUUGAUUUGUUCUUCACAUCAUAGGCCCUUGCUACCUCCCUCGAGAACCCCAACAUGCUCUUGUCCGCCUCGCGCGACAAGACUUUGAUCAUCUGGAAUCUGUGAGCGCCGUCGUGUUUCCCGACAUUUAGCGGGAGGAGGAAGCACAAGAAACUAACAAUCUGGUUUAGCACUCGCGAUAGUGAUAUCAAUUACGGUGUUCCCAAGAGAAGCCUUAAGGGCCACUCUCACAUUGUUUCUGACUGUGUAUGUUCCCGGCAUCUACCGGAGCUGCAGAUUGCUCUCUCUUACUGACUCUUGGCAAAGGUCAUCUCUUCCGACGGCGCGUAUGCUCUCUCUGCUUCAUGGGACAGGACUCUCCGUCUGUGGGAACUCUCCACCGGUCAAACCACCCGCCGCUUCGUCGGCCAUGACAACGAUGUCUUGAGUGUUUCAUUCUCCGCCGAUAACCGUCAGAUCGUGUCUGGAUCCAGGGACCGUACUAUUAAGCUUUGGAAUACCCUUGGUGAUUGCAAGUUCACCAUCACCGACAAGGGGCACACUGAUUGGGUUUCCUGUGUCCGUUUCUCUCCAAACCCUCAGAACCCGGUGAUUGUGUCUGCUGGAUGGGAUAAGUUGGUUAAGGUGGGUUCGCUCCGUGGUGUUGCCCUUGGGAAAGCGGGGGGGAAGAGUGUCAAAGGAUGCUAUGCGACCCAAAGUAUUUGCUACUUCAGAGACUUGCAUCUAAAGUCAAUGAGACAAACAAUCACCAACGCACUGAUGACACUCUUCCCACGAUAUCCUUCGCACCCAUAGCUUCCCAACUUUGAUCUUCAGAUAGGCGACUGACAGUAUAAAAAGGUCUGGGAGCUGGCGUCUUGCUGCAUUCAAACCGAUUAUACCGGACACACUGGAUAUAUCAACACUGUCACCAUCUCCCCCGACGGUUCCCUCUGUGCCUCUGGUGGCAAGGACGGCACCACCAUGCUCUGGGAUCUCAACGAGUCCAAGCACCUUUAUAGCCUUCAUGCCGGCAAUGAGAUCCACGCUCUCGUUUUCUCGCCAAACAGGUACUGGCUCUGCGCUGCUACCGCCUCAUCCAUCAUCAUCUUCGACCUUGAGAAGAAGAGUAAGGUUGAUGAGCUCAAGCCCGAAUUCUUUGCUGUUGGCAAGAAGAACCGUGAGCCUGAGUGUGUCUCGUUGGCUUGGAGCGCUGACGGGCAGACACUGUUUGCUGGGUACACGGAUAGUCUGAUUAGAGCUUGGGGGGUCAUGAGCAGGGCUAUGUAA